AUGGUCAUCUCCACUCCGAGUCGGACAUCACAUGUUACAUGCACACCGGCUCCUCAGGCGUACCGAGCAAUUGCUGAAGUUUAUAAUACUAACCGCCUGGGUAUCUCACCGCCCAAGAUGUCGGAAGGAAAGCAAUGUCGCAUAUGCUUCGAUGGAGAAGAUCCACAGCUAGGAAGGCUCAUCAAACCAUGCCUGUGCAAGGGUACGAUCAGCCAUGUACAUGUGAAGUGUCUCCAGAAGUGGCGCAAUACUUCGCAUAAUCCUGGGGCUUUUUACUCGUGCCCUCAGUGUGGUUACAAAUACCACUUCGCACGCACGCGAGUAGUAGGCAUCGCAACUAACCCAGUUGUUGUAGCUGCCGUCUCGUCGAUUCUAUUCACUGUCCUCGUCCUCUGUAGCUCUUUCGUUACUACCUCUCUCUUGUCAGACGAGGAGGACCCUCUAGGCUCUACCUAUAGCUUGUACUAUCCGUUCGAGAUGUUCCAGAAUCUCGUACGGGCUACCAUCCGCAUACUCAUCGACGACGGGCUACUUGACGAGUCCGUGGUUCAGCAACUCAUGAAUGGUACAUCCACCGGUGCCUCACAUGGUUCGCCUAGUCUCCUGAGACGUCUUCUGCGACGCUUCUUGCUGGGCCUGCCGGUCGUAGGAGCAGGCUCCGUUGCCCAUAUGCUCCUCUCAGUACCGUUGCCGUUCCACUGGCUCAGGAUCAGAUCCCGCGUUGUGCGCGACUCCAGGGAUCUCGUCGCUCUAGCUAUAGUCGCUGUCGUGCUAAUGGGUGCUGCCAGAGCGCUUUAUAAGGUGUAUAAAAUCACCGAGAGGCUCACGCAGUAUCUCCUGUUGCGUGCUGAGGACGCAAUAUUGGAAGUUGCUUGA